AUGGAAUCAAUAAUUGACGAUUAUGAUUCUAUCAAUCUAGAGUUAGAAGAGGAUUCCACAUUUGAAUUUGGUAUCGUAAAUACAUAUAAUUUGCCUGAAAAUUGCAACCUUAUACAUAAAAAAGAAGAUGACAUAUAUUUCUCAUCAAGAAAUGUAUUAUAUAAACUUAUAGCAGAUAAUAAAUAUGGACAGAAGAAGUUGAGGGAAAGGAUAAUAGGAUUCCUGCCACUCGGUUCAGAAUACCCACUGUUGGCUCUGAUAUGUAAGACGCUGAAGUGUUUUAAGCUGCAAAUAAACAACAACCACUUGAUUCUGGAGAAGUACAAGGGGAGGUGUGACGCCAGUGUCCUGUAUCUGGGUUUGGCAGAGGAAAGCAUGGCAGUAUGCGUAUACAAGACGGAGGAAGUGGUAAAGUACUGUACAAUAGGAAUAGAGGACACGAACAUGAUGCUGUUGCGCAAGGAAAUUCUGUCGAAAGAUGUAAAAGUAAAGUUUGACUCGUCGCUGUAUAUGAACUGUUACCUGCUAUCGAGUGAACACGGAUACACAGUUUUUAAACUAAAUAGACUUAACGGUUCAUUAGAGCCUUCAGUAGCAACAGUAGGCAGGUUGGAGUCAAAGUUAGAGCGGAAUCACACAUCUGAAAAGGUUGUAGAAGUGGAGGAGGGCCUAAAAUACAAACUUGUAAAAUAUGAACUAGAGGCAGUUAAAGAUACCAAGGGGCCUAGAUUGGUGAAGCUGAUUAAUAAUAAUAUAUUGUGUUUUGUAAGACUGAGUAAGGAAGACUUGAUAAUCAGUUUCCACGAAAUUAAUAUAAAAGGGGCGUUUAAAACAAUUAAAUUGAAUACACACGGAUUAAAACAAACACACACGGAUUCAACAAGGGAUAUGCAGUAUUAUAGAGGAGUUUUCAAUGUCCUGAUUGAGUCUGAGGAUUCAAGAUAUAGUGUAUUGUCGUUCUCAGAGGAGAUGCCGACGGAAACAAUAUCAUACCAUGAUCCAUACACACAGAUGCCAACGACAAAAGAGCUUGAAAGGUUAAUAGAAACCUCGGAAAUAGUUAUCACGAGAAAACUGGUGGACUACCUGAUAUCGAAUAAAGCUAAAUCGUGCUGUAAGAAGAUUUUGAAGUGCGUACACAUACCAGAGGCAGACGCAGUGAGAAUACUGAAGAAUGACAUAUCGCUACUGGAGGACUUUAUGCUAUACACGAGGUGUUCGGAGAGUGAACUGAAAAGAGCAUUGAAAAGUGAAAUGGACUCAAUAACAUUUAAAAAAAUCCUGCAUAAACUGCUGGAAAUGAUGGAAAGAUACUAUAACAAAAGGAUAAUAAAGAUGAUCAACGUAAUGUUGGACGCAAAAGUAGUGGAAGUGGAGGAGUUUGACGAAAACAUACUGGAAGGACUGCAGAACAUGGUGGAGGGAUGCCAGAAGGAACAGAUGGACCUGCAGAGCCUGCUGAGCUUCACAAACACACUGCUAGACAGUAAGAUCAAGGCGAACACGAACCCGCUGAUAACAUCAGUGGAAAUAUCACUGGAAUAA